AUGUACCUACUUCUAGGUCAUCAGAUAUGUAGCUCUUCUGCUACCGUAAAAUUUCUUACUAUCGAACCUCCUCCCACAAGAUCCUGUGCAGUGCUUCCUGCUUUUAUAAUAGACGAGGACGAUGAAAAUCCAUAUUACGAUGACACAAUUACAAAGUACAUAUCUCGUCCUCAUGACUCUGAAUUUGAAAAUCUCACUUACCUUCAAUACUUUGAAAAAUACUCAAUCACACCCUCACAACCAGCACCAAUGUCACGUCAAAUUUACCGUGAUGAUUUAUCUAAUUAUGUUGUAAAAAGAACUAAAGAACUAUUAACUAGAUAUCGAUUUCUUAAUAUUGAAGACAGAGAGCUAUAUUUUUACCAACAAUUACUGUUAAACUUCCCUGCAAGAGACGAAUCAGACUACAAACUUAGUCCAAACAGAACAUAUCGAGAUAAAUUUUUAUCUUUUUUUCCUGACUUUUUAACAAAUCUACAAAACCAGACAACAAUCGCACAACACUCCUGA